CUUUUGAAUAAAAGCACUGCAGUUUCACUGUUUAAACUAUAGGCAACUGUCUUGUUUCUUGAAAGCAGAAAACCGUAAACAGGGAUAUACAUGCCAUCCAAAGAAGCUUGGCCUCGCUUUGUAAUCCAAGGAGUCAUGUGUCACAUUUGCAAAACAGCUCCUCUUUGGUCUGCUGAUCAAAGCUGACUUUCAUUGCUGUUUUGUUUAGACUGAUUCCAUGCAAUAACUGACAGCAGCAUAUCCAAUGUAAAAAGAUUUGUUCCAUUAUCACUCCCAUGAGAGUUUAUUGUUAUAUAUACUAAGCCAUGGAAAGUGUGCACAAGGGGUGUACUUCAUCUUUUCAUGAUAACAAGUGUGUGUGUGUGUGUCUGUGUGUGCAUUUUCUCCUUGCUUUCACAGGCAAUGACUGAGUGAAAUUUCAGAAAGAAAGCCUGCUGCUGCUAUUAGCAUGUUUCUCCUCCUCCACGGAAAAGAGCCUCUGAAAUAACGUUCAAACCAGCUAAGACAAGUGAGCACCUGCAUUUACAGACAGAAUGAGGAAAUAUCCUGAGGUGGAAGUUCUGAUGAAGUACUGAGCAAACAGUGAAGCCCAGCAGGUAUGGAUUUAUCAGGACACAUCUACUGUUGAAAGUUUAUAGUUGGAUGAAUCUGAACAGAAAAAAAGUCUCUUUCCUCAUUCUUCUGAAGAUGCAAUCAUAAUUCGGUUCUUAGCACCAUGAAUGGUUUUGAACACAUGGUGUUGAAACUACCAUCUCUAGCCACGCUAGGUAGAAGAGCUUCUAAGAAUUACAAAGAGGGACAUUUUUGUUAAGGGUAUUAAACCAAAACAAAAGAAGUUCUUCACACAGAGACUUGAAAAAAGAGGAGAACCCCCUCCCUCUGCUUCAAAGCCUCAUUCCUGCAGAGUAACAAGAGUUUGAAGCUUUUAUCCUCAACAACCUGAUGUGCUUAUAUACCAUGAUAAAACUUUAUGGGAACGUUAACUGAAUAUCGUGGGACUCACCAGGAAAGAUAUUCUCCCCUUAAGGAUCAUUUAACCUACUACUGUGAAGGAAGUACAACUACAUGAACCAAACUAUAAAAUUCUGAGUCAACCUAUCUCUGGAAAGCUGUAUGCCCACUGGAUAUUAGCAAGCACAAAAGGUUCCCUCACAUCUUUACAGAAGAUUGCUGAAAACCAAACGCUAGUCUGUGUGCAAACCUCAUUGCGACUUGACCAUGAUCAGUGUAACCUGGAACUUCAUCCUAAUUUGGACAGAGAUAGGGCUUUUGCUCAAAAUGGCACCUCAUUUUGUCAGUGCCAAGUCAUGCCCCUCAGUGUGCCGCUGUGAUGCAGGAUUCAUUUACUGCAAUGAUCGUGACUUGACAUCAAUUCCUAUCGGGAUUCCAGAGGAUGCUACAACCCUUUACCUACAGAACAAUCAAAUUAAUAAUGCUGGAAUUCCAUCCGACCUAAAAAACUUGAUUAAAGUGGAGAGAAUUUAUUUAUACCACAACAGUUUGGAUGAAUUCCCUAUCAACCUCCCAAAGUAUGUCAAAGAAUUGCAUUUGCAGGAAAAUAACAUAAGGACAAUUACUUAUGAUUCACUUUCACAAAUUCCUUAUCUGGAAGAAUUGCAUUUGGAUGAUAAUUCUGUUUCUGCUGUUAGUAUUGAAGAUGGAGCUUUCCGGGAUAAUAUCUAUCUCAGACUUCUUUUUCUUUCUCGAAAUCACCUUAGUACUAUUCCCUGGGGCUUGCCUAAAACAAUUGAAGAGUUGCGCUUGGAUGAUAAUCGUAUUUCCACAAUUUCAGAGGUGUCCCUUCAAGAUCUUACAAAUCUAAAACGUCUAGUUUUAGAUGGAAAUCUCUUAAGCAAUCAUGGAUUAGGAAAGAAAGUCUUCAUGAACCUAGUCAAUUUAACCGAACUCUCACUGGUCCGUAAUUCCCUUACUGCAGCUCCAAUAAAUUUGCCAGGCACAAAUCUUAGAAAGCUUUAUCUGCAAGAAAAUCAUAUAAAUCAUGUACCACCUAAUGCUUUUGCAUACCUGCGACAGUUGUAUCGAUUAGAUAUGUCAAACAACAAUCUCAGUAAUUUACCUCAGGGUGUCUUUGAUGACCUAGACAAUAUAACCCAAUUGUUUCUCCGCAACAACCCCUGGCGCUGUGGAUGCAAAAUGAAAUGGGUUCGUGACUGGUUACAGACACUGCCUCUCAGAGUUAAUGUACGUGGUCUAAUGUGUCAAGCACCAGAGAAAGUGCGUGGGAUGGCUAUCAAAGACCUCAACACAGAGGUAUUUGAUUGUCAAUAUGAGGAUAUUGUGAGCACCGUCCAAAUUACUGCUUCAGUACCAAACACUCUACACCCUCUACAAGGGCACUGGCCAGUUUCUGUGACCAAAUCACCUGAAAUAAAGACUCCUAACCCACAUAGAAACUACAAAACAACCGCUCUCCCAGUUCAGGAAAUCAUUACCAUUGUUGUAAAAUCUGUAAGCACUGAGACUAUUCAUAUUUCUUGGAAAGUUGCACUACCCAUGACUGCUUUAAGACUUAGCUGGCUCAAAAUGGGUCACAGCCCUGCCUUUGGAUCUAUUACUGAAACAAUCGUUACAGGAGACCGUAAUGACUAUCUGCUUACAGCACUUGAACCAGACUCUCCAUACCGUGUAUGCAUGGUUCCCAUGGAAACCAGUAACAUUUAUCUCUCUGAUGAAACACCAGUUUGUAUAGAGACUGAAACUGCACCUCUUAAAAUGUACAAUCCUACAACAACCCUAAACCAUGAACAAGAGAAAGAACCAUACAAAAAUUCUAGUUUGCCCUUAGCUGCCAUCAUAGGGGGUGCUGUGGCACUCGUAGCGAUAGCUCUGCUUGCUUUAGUAUGCUGGUAUGUCCACAGGAAUGGGUCCUUGUUCUCAAGAAACUGUACAUACAGCAAAGGACGGCGGAGAAAAGACGAUUAUGCUGAAGCUGGGACUAAGAAGGACACUUCCAUCUUGGAAAUCAGGGAGACUUCUUUUCAGAUGAUCUCUCUGAAUAAUGAACAAGUGUCCAAGGAGGAGUUUGUAAUACAUACCAUAUUCCCACCUAAUGGAAUGAAUCUGUAUAAGAAUAACCACAGUGAAAGCAGCAGUAACAGGAGCUACAGAGAUAGUGGCAUACCUGAUUCAGAUCAUUCACAUUCAUGAUACUCAAGGAAAUGCAAGACUUGGGGUGGCUGGUUUUUCUCUCUCACAAAGAAAAGCAACUGUAUAAGUUGCUGUCCUACUGCAGAACACUGGAUUAAGAGACUAAGUGAGCAAUGUAUUGUACAUUUGCCAUAUAAUUUAUAUUUAAGAACUUUUUAUUAAAAGUUUCAAAUUUCAGGAGACUGCUGCGAUUCAUGUAGCAAGGGUGCCUGAAAACAAUUCUAUAUUUUAGUAUUUUUUAGUAAUUUGUACUGUAUUUUCCUUGCUAAUAUUGAAAUGACAGACCAUUUAACUUUUUGUGUUCUACUGAGUAAGAUGACUUGUUGACUGUGAAAGUGGAUUUUCUUGCUGUGUUGAACAAUCAGGACUUUGCAUACAUUUGAGAUCCUUGUAAGUAUAAGCACAGGCCUUUUUCACUUUGGUAUUCGUAAAAGGUUAAACCUGGCAAAUUCAGAAAAAAGGUUGCAAAAUGGGUCAAAAUGCAAUCCUGGGUAUAAAAGCAACUAAAGCUCAGUAAAUCAAAUGUGCAAAGUAGUGGGCAAUAUCAGUUAUUUAGCCACACCCAGGAAAAUGACUGGUGGACACUGCAACAGAUGGCUGAAACCUAGAUGAAGCAGUUGAAAUACGAAUUCAAGCACACAUUGCUGCCCCAAACUAGUGGUUGCUAAACAAGAAAGAGAGGCUUAGUUUCUAAUGGUUAAACUGGAAAACAGGUGUUUACAAAAAUCUAAGACGUUCCUAAACAUAUGUCAAACACUAAAUAACCUUUUUGUGUAUUCUAUAGGAGAACGUGGAUAAUGACAUCUUUUGAUACUACAAAAGCAUAUUAUGAUAUGCAAUAAUAUAUACACUAUAUAUAUUUCAACUGCCAUCAAGAAUAUUGCCCAUUACUGUCACAGUUAUCUGAAAAUUGCUUAAUAAACAUGCAAGUGAAGAUACUUUGAUCUUGCUUUCUACUUAGUUGUGAUCUAUUUAAUAUUCAAUACCCAACACACUUUUCUCGCCAAAACUAUUUUUCCCCAAAUGAAAACCAAAGUGCAUUGUACGCCCUUUGGCCAAUCUUGUAUGUGCCUUUCUCAAAAGUUUCAUGUGUUCUACUUUUAACUGGGAACACACUUUUCAAACACAUACACUUAAUUAUGAAAAGAUAUUGGUCUUAUUGAUGAAUAAAAUUCAAAAUGAAGUACA